CUCUCUCCCCUCUUCCUUUUCCAACGGCAGAGAUCAUGGUGACCAUCGAGCUCACACCCGCCCAUGGCUUGCCCAUGGCAGUAGCCAUCUGCAGCGUUUUUGUGAACACGUGGGCUGGAUUUGGCGUGGCCAAGGCCAGGAUAAAGUACGGGAUCAAGUACCCUCAGAUGUACGCCGAGCAAUCUAACCCCAACGCCGCCGUUUUCAACUGCUACCAGAGGGCUCACCAGAACGUUCUCGAGAACUACCCGCAGUUCUUGCUCCUCCUCGGGCUGGCGGCCAUCAACCGUCCCAAGUUCGCCGCAGUCGCUGGAGCGAUACGUGUGGCCGGUUUCAUCGUCUACGUCAUCACUUACCGGAGUGGAGGCCCGGAUAACAGGCGCAAGGGGGCGUUUGGGUACAUCGGGCUAUUCAUGAUGCUGGGAUGCGCGCUCGAGUUCACCACGAAGCUUUGCAUAUCCUAGUGCAAGCAUUGUCCAUGCUAACUGGGCAAUGUUUCUUCUUCAAGGCCCGAAACAAGUAUUGGUGUUACUCGCUGUGGUUAGGUGGUGGCGUGGUGGUGGAUGUUGGACUGCGGCGUCAUUUGUUGGGUACAAUCAGAGAGAGUAUUUGCUCUGCGUGCGGGUGUUCCGCCGCGUAAGAGCACUGCGUGCGUGCGUGUUGGUUCUCGGAGGAUGAUGUUAUCUUAUACCCUUGCACCAGAAGAAGACAAUACAAUAAAAACAACGAGAAACUUCGCUUUGAAGCGUCGCCAUCUUAGCAAUGGUUGGUGUUGUUUCAUUCAGCGAUUCUUUUUGUGCAGCAGAUCAUUGCUGUUGCAUGCAGUGGAGGAGGCACUUGGCCAUGCGUAAAUAUUUUGUUUGGCACAGGGGAGUUUGUUGCCAACGCCGACGGGAACAAGCACGGUAUUCGUCGGUGUUUAGACCACUUUACAGAGUGUGAGGUGUUUGAGGCGUGUGCUCAUCGGGCAC